CUCUCCUCUUUCCUAGACAUCCUUUUCUAACCACAUCAAACGACUCGCCUUCGGACAUACUGACCUCCUCCGUCUACUUGUAUCCUCAUCUUCCAUCUUCCUCCAGACCUUUUCAACUGUUCUGCUCAAUCAUACCUUCAGCGCUGCUUGUUCCCCUCCUCUCAGGCUACCUAAAAACGCUUCCUGCUGUGGUCGUAGUUAGCGCAGCGGUUUUCUUUUCCCCUUCACUGAGCAUUAAAGAUGACAGACGAAGUUGACGAAGAUCUCUUCGCCGAUCUGUACGAUGGCGAUGAGAAUAACGCAUCUGGCAGUGCUGCUGCUCCGAUCCCCUCUCAACCGGCUCCAAACGAUACAGCCAUGGAUCAGAAUGACGCUCCAGGCUACGGCGAAGAGCCAGAAAUGGCCUAUGAUCCCACUUCCUUUGACGUUGAACCUUCAGCCUCCGAGGAACCUUCCUCCACCACGCAAUUCGAGCAACAAGGUCAUGCAAGAUUGGAACUACCACAUGAGCAAAAAUACAAUGUCACUCUCAAAGAAGACGGAAAAAUGUUUAUUGGCGGCCUGAAUUGGGAGACGACUGAUCAAUCCCUUCAUGACUACUUUUCCCAAUUUGGUGAAGUUCAAGAAUGUACCGUUAUGCGAGACAGUGCCACCGGCCGCUCACGAGGCUUCGGCUUCCUGACCUUCAAAGAUCCCAAAACAGUAAAUACCGUUAUGGUCAAGGAACACUUUCUGGAUGGAAAAAUCAUCGAUCCUAAACGUGCUAUCCCCCGGGACGAGCAGGAGAAGACUGCCAAGAUAUUCGUGGGCGGAGUGAGUCAAGACGCAACCGAGGAAGACUUUGAAACCUUUUUCGCGCAAUUUGGUAGGGUAGUUGACGCCACGCUCAUGAUGGACAAAGAUACCGGUCGGCCACGAGGUUUCGGUUUCGUCACUUUCGACAACGACGUUGCGGUUGAGAAGUGCUUGGAGUAUCAUCCACUAGAGAUUCUGGGCAAGCCUAUCGAAGUCAAGCGAGCGCAACCCCGGGGCAAGAUGGGCGAGGAAGAUGAUUUCCCACGUCGAGGGAGAGGAAAAUUCGGACGAGAUGAGCGCUUUGGUGGUGACGGUGGUCAAUCUGGGCAAGGUGGCCAGGGUCAAGGUCAAGGUCCUCAGAUGAUGGCCGGUAACUCCGGCAUGAGCCCUCAGAUGAUGGCACAAUACUGGCAGCGCAUGCAACAAUACUUUGCUAUGAUGCAGCAGCAGAUGGUCGCGAACAUGAUGGGCGGUAUGGGGAAUAUGGGCAACAUGGGCAUGAACCAGAUGACUCCUCAAAUGAUGCAACAAAUGAUGCAGAUGCAGAAGAUGCAGGGCGGAAACAGCCCCAACCCGCAGAGUCCUGGCAACAUGAGUAACAUGCCAAAUAUGCAAGGCAUGAACCCGCAGAUGAUGCAGCAAAUGAUGCAGAUGCAACAACAAGGAGGCAUGAAUCCUAUGCAGAUGGGCGGCAAUCGGCCACCGAUGGGCCCAGCUGCCAUGGGAGGAGCAGGUCGCUCUAGUUUCUCAGCACAAGAACAGCUCGCGUUUGAGCAGCAAAAGUAUGAGCACCAGGCUCGUCGUGGGGGUGGAUUUCCUCCCGGCCCGAGAGGACAGGGAUUUCAAGGUGGACCACAGUCUUGGGAAGGCAUGUACGACGAUGUCCCGCAGCCUGAUGGAGGACGAGGCUCUGCUGGUCCGGUGCGAGGACAUACACCGAAACCACCCAAGGGUCCGGGUGGUGGCACACCUCAACCAAGUGCUGCACCAGCAAAUGCGCCCACUGGUCCCAAGAAUCCUGGCAAGCCUGGUCCGAGUUUCCGAGGCGGAAGAGGUCGGUAUCAUCCGUAUGGAAGAUAGAAUCACUCUGGCCUUGCCUCCAGGGGCUGCAAACUUUUUGUUAGGAGGUGAUGAUGCAUUGCGGAGAUGCCGAAUUCACUUUCCCCCACGAUGGUCGAAGCGUGAGGCUGGAUGGGGCCCUGUCGUAUGUUUGAUACAAGAACGGCGCUGAUGAGGGAUUUUUCACAACAAAAGCAACCAAGGAGAGAGAAUUCGAGCUGUUUUCAGAUAUGGAUGAGCUGAUGCGAUUACGCCAUGGGAUCAUGGAUGAUUAUUCCGAACUGCUUUGACCUGGGUUUGGGGAUGAGGGUAAUGUGUGUAUCAUAGCAGAGCAGAGGCGGAGUAGGUCAUGUUGAAGCAUUGGUAGCACAAAAUUCAACGACAUUUCCAUAUCGCUCCAUUCCAGGUAGACACUAU